AUGUGCGCGCAAAGGUGUAUGUAUAUUUUUGUUCUUCUUUUUCCUCUUUACUACAAUGACUCGUGUGUUCAUACAUUUGUGCGUAUGAAUGCGUGGAUGUGUUCAUCACUGUCCAUUACGCAGCAAAACACAAUAACCCCUCCACAUUAUAUGCAGAACUCUGCCUUCAGAGUGGCGAGUCUCCUGCAGAGUCGACACCGAAGGGGAAUUUGCGAUGAAGGCGAAAGCACACUUGCGAAACUCACACAAGGUGUUGAGAUGUUUCUUCAGCAUGCGGCUGAUGUCCCACCUGUGAUGUUGGAGAAACUCAGUGAGGUUGGCGACGCGGAUACGAGUACAAACGGCUGUAGUGAGCGUCAUGACGAUGUUGAUGAAUCUAUGGAUGAGGCGGAGGUGCAUCUGAGCGUUGUUGCAGGCGUAUUGGAGCCUCGUGAAAUGCCAAAAAACGUAUCAACGAUGAGCGGACUGCUUCUUCCAACAGCCGAUAAUCGUAAGGCUUUGGAACGCCAGAAAGUGGAGGAGGCUCAGGCGAUGUUAAACCUGCUUGCAGCGCUGACGGCCAACAACAAAAAGGAAAACACUAUUGGAGCGUUAACCGGCACUAGUGAAGCGGAAGUGGACGAUGAGUCGACCACGACUAGCGAUGAGUCGGUGGUUAUAUGUUAUGCGGAUGAACUGGAGAGUGAUACAACCUCUUCGUGUAGUGAAGCGGAUGCACAGCAGGAACCACAACGAUCGGCACGCAUCAUUGAAUUAAAUUGA